AUGGCUGCUGCAUCAGUUGGUGAAUCUCUUCCAGGCUCUGUUGCGGUGGCGGCUGCUGCUGCUGCUGCUGCUGCUGCAUCAGCUGCUGCUCCUGUGACUGAGCAGCACGAGGCGGAAAAGCAUGAGACGGAGAGCCAUGCGGCUGAAGAGCCUGCCACAUGGGAGCCCCUUGGGGCAGAGGAGGAGCACCCUCGGACAGCGGUUGAGAUACAGGAGGCUGCCGGGCAGGGAGCUGAGGUAGAGGAAGUUGUGGCAGAGGAGGCUGAGACAGAGGAGGGUGGGACAGAGGGGGGUGAGACAGAGGAGGCUGAAGCAGAGGAGGCAGAUGAGGGAGCAUGGCAGAAAGGUGAGAAGAAGGGAACUGGGGCUCAGACGGAUGUGCGAAACCAGGAAAUUGAGGCAAGGAUGAAGAGGCAGAGCCAACUACAGGAGCAGGAGGAGGGGCUGUAG